CUGAGAGUGAGACAGGCUGAGAGUGAGAGUUUUGGGGCUGAGCAUGACACAGGUCACACAGGAGGAACUGGUUUGUUCUCUGAGCAGGAGUUGAGAAGCUUUCAGUUCUGUGAAGAACAUUCACAGAGUGUCUGAAGCGUCUCCUUCAGCGGUGCCAUGAGCCCUCCAGUGCCGAAGCCCAGGACUCGCUACAUGCUCAGGAGGAGUUUACAGAGCGAUUCCUGCGACAGUAACGUGGCUCAGGAUGAAGCCGAGACAGACAGUAAAAAUCCUGACGUGACAGAGUCAGCUGAUCGUCCUGAAGACCCUCCUGGAGGAGGCGAUAUUGUGGAGAAGAUUGCAUGGCCUGCUACUCCUCCUGAAAGUCCCUCAGCGUCUGAUGAUGAGGACAUUAAAAGUUUAUCUGAAUGGGUGAAGGAGCUCGCUACGUCCGAUUCCUCAACUGAUGAAUUCCCUGUGAUGCCCCUUACCCAAAACUCACACUCAGCACUUAACAACCAUCCUCCUGCAGAACAUUUCAGCUUCACCAGCACUGAGAGCCCUCCACAGGUCCAGAAUGCUGAACACAUCUCUCCAUCAAAGCCACCAACAGAGAAGAAACCCUGUCAAAGACCGAAAAAACCACGCGCUGCAACCAUCCGUGUGAGUCGCAGAAAAUCUUCAGCAGCAGCAGGAAACAUCGUCCAGCCUGAGGAGAACUCCCACAGCGUUGUGUCGCGUUCCAGCUGGUUGGAUGUCUGGAAGAGCCGCAAACACAAUGUGCUGUGGACGAUGUUUGAUGGACAGGUGAUGUCUCUGUGGAGGAAACGCUCAGACAAGUUUUCAGAGUACGUGUUCCACGUGUCGAGCAUCACCAACGUGCGUCAGCUGGACCGAGGACGCUUCUUCAUCCACUUCCGCAAGAAACACUUUGAGUUCAUGGCUCACAAUGAAGAUGUGAAGAUGGGAUGGGUCACAUCACUGCUCGCCUCUCGAGGACGAGAACCUCCUCCAGCUCCUCGUUAUCACGGCUCUCUGAACCUGAAGGAACCACGUAGCAAAGUGUAUGGCGCCAUCAGUGGACACAACCUGUAUCUCUACAACAGUAAGGAGGACUUUAAUUUAGGGAUCGGGACGAUGUUGGUGUCCAUGAACGUGGCUUCAGUAAAACAGAACGGACGCCACAACUUCAGCCUCAUCACACCAUACAGAACAUUCAAUUUCUCAGUGGACUCCUCGCGAGACUUGAUGUUGUGGCUGGAACAUCUGGAUGAGGUGAUCCGCAGUGCUCUGUCCUGCAGUGAGGUGGCGCAGCGUUUGUGGUCGAAUCCCUGGAAUAAAGUGUGUGCAGACUGCAGUGGUUCGAACCCGGAGUGGGCCUCCAUCAACCUGCUCAUGGUCAUCUGUGACACCUGCGCAGGAGUUCAUCGUACGAUGGGGGAGAAUCGCUCCAAAGUGCGGAGUCUGAAGCUGGACAUUAAAGUAUGGACUGAGCCCCUGGUUCAGUUGUUUGUAGUUUAUGGAAAUAAAGCAGGUAAUAAGGUGUGGGCUCACAGCGUCCCGGUGGUGGAUCAGCUCCUCCCUGACGCCUCAAAGGAACAACGAGCAGCCUUCAUCAACGCCAAAUACCAACGAGGUCUUUACCGCAGAGCCCAUCCUCUCAGCUGCAGCCAGACGCUUCUCAACCAGAGGUUGUGUGAGGUGGUGUGUGGUGCAGACGUGGAGGAGACGCUCUCACUGUUGUGUUCAGGUGCAAAGGUUCUGGGUGAAGAUCAAACCUCAGCCAUCACACUGGCCGAGAAUGCAGGACAGGCUCUCCAGACCGAACUGCUCAGACACAACGAGUUCACUGAAAUUCCUGACUUUGACCAGCAGAGACAGACAAGAGAGCAAACAAGAUUAGAGGAGCUUCAUGGCAGGCUGGAUGAUGAGCGUUUUCUCUUCUCUGAGGAAACUGAGUCGGCUGCAUAUGAUGUUCUCGACCUGAAAGAGGUCAUCUCUGUGUUCAAUCAGUCUACAGGUGAAACCCAUGAGUUUGAGAUCCUGACGCUGACAGACAGUCUCACCUGUACGGCCGAAACCCAGGACCUGCUGUUCAGUCACAUGCUGCAUAUUAUCAAGGUGGUGAUGCCACGGCCCCUUUUGGAGGAGGAGCUCAAUGGGGUGGUGGGCGUGGCCCAUUCGUCUCUAAGAGAGGGGAGUGGCCUUCAGCACGUUGAGGUUUGGGUGUCAAUACGACCAGGAGAAAUCUCAAUCUAUCCCUUAAACACACAAACACCCCGGACAACCAUCACCCUCAACCAACACACAUACUGCAGUGUGUGUGUGGCAGAGAACACAGUGAAGGUGACUGCAGAAGAGAAGACGGUGUAUCUUCGGUUCGAGCGUGAGGAAAGCUGCAGCAAAUUUUACGAUCUGCUCUCCAGCAACAGGAAGUCACAUCAUUGCUCCAUGUACAGACUUCCUGUGGAGAUCAAUGGGAGUGUUCCUCCUGAGGUGCAGCGCUGCAUCUCUCACAUCACAAUGUAUGGUCUGAAGGUGGAGGGUCUGUACCGCUGCUGUGGCUCGGUGGUGAAGGUGGCUGAGUUGGUGGAAAAGCUGCGUGAGGCUCCAGACAAAGUCGUCUUGGGGACAAAUGAAAUUUCUGUACAGGAAGUGACAGGAGUCCUGAAGAACUUCCUCCGCAACUCAACCCACCUCAUCCCUCCAUCUGAGAGAGAGAGCUGGGUUAAAGCAGCAGUUCACACUGACCUCACUAAAAGACUGCAGGAGUAUCGCAGACUGGUGAAACUUCUACCUCCGGACAACAGGGUCCUACUGUCCACCCUGUUUGGUCACCUCUACACCGUGCAGCUCCACAGUCAGGUGAAUAAGAUGACGGCACAGAACCUGGCAGUGGUGUUUGUUCCCAUGCUGUUUGAGGAGUUGGCCAUGAACAUGAACAUAGUUAAUCUGACACGAGAACUCAUCAUCCACCACACACUCAUCUUCCUGGGGAGAGAGGAAGCUCCAGUGGAGGAUGAAAUUAUCACUGUGCUGUGAAGGAAAGAACAAUAAUGAAGUUCACUUAUAUUUAUACCCCUUUUUACCCCUAUUAACCUCCACCUACCCCCAAUGUGUUUAACUGGAUAAAUGUUAUUGUUGUAUUAAACUGAAACUGGAGAAAAAAAGAUUUUCACUCAUUUAUUAGUUUCUCUGGUUUUAUUCAUCUGGAUGCCAAUAUUUAUGCACAGAAUUAAAGACUCACAAACACUAUGGACUCUGUUUAUCUCUUACAUCAUGUAAAGAUGAGUAAUGUUUGGAUACACACACACACACACACUCACACACACACUCACACACACACUCACACACACACUCACACACACACUCACACAC